AGAGCAGGCGCUACGACUCGGGAUAGGCGUUGCGUCGUUCUCGUUGUGGUCGACGGGCCAUACGAGCGAGCACGUGAUCUAUUCCUACAUUUCGUUGACAACUCAUUGAGUGUCAGUGUCGUGGCGUUUCCGAGUGCCUUUUGUUGCUGGACGUGGCGCCGCGUCGUGGUGCGCGCGCGGCCGCGGGGCCUGGCGUGCUGAAAGCCCGACCACGUUGAGCCGCGAGUCGUGUUGUGACAGCUGCAAAAAACUGCUGGGUUUUUAGAAUGACAGAAAUGGCUCAAGUCAAGGUGGAAGGACAGACGGUGGAGGUCUUGAGCGAGUCCGGCGGACCUCCGUGUGCCAGGCCCCUAGCCGCGCCUAAGCACCCAAUCAUGCGGGUGCGCGUGAUGGCGACGUACAUGGUGCUGCUGCUGCGGCUGGUGCUGCCUGCGCUGGUGGCGGCGUGCCGCGCGCUGCUGCGCAACCAGCGGUGCGUGCGCGAGCGGGUGGUGCCGGCCGUGUUCGCCUUCAUCGCCAACAGCAUUUCGCUCUCCUCGCUCUCCGGCAAGCCCUCGUCGGAGGAGUCGCUGUUGGGGCCGGAGGCUUCGCCGGGGGCGGCGGAAGCGGCGGCGGCGGCCGUGGAGCCUGUGCUCGAGCGCAGCGUCACCUGCAACGUGCUCUUCGACCCCGGCGACGCCGCCCGCCGCGCCGACGUCAUCUUCAUCCACGGCCUGCACGGCUCCCUCGAGAAGACGUGGCGGCAGGGUUCGUGGCGCGAAGGCCCAGCUAUCCAGCCCCUGCCGCUCCGUCGCUCACCGCCGACGCCGCCGCCAGAGCUGCUGGACGCCGUCUUUUCAUCCGCACCGGAGCAGCUCUGUCAGCAGGACGAGGACGAGGAGGAAGAGGAGGAGGCGGGACGGCCGCCCCCGCCCCCGCGAGCGCCCACGCCGCCCCACUCAGCUGCCCGCCCGCCCGCCGAGCUGUACUCGGAUUGCUGGCCGCGCGACUGGCUGCCCCAGGACUGCCCUGGUCUGCGCGUCAUCGCCCUCAACUACACCACGGACCCUUUCCUGUGGAGGCCCCUCUGGAUGUCCAAGAGGCACAGGUAUGGAUCUAAAUUUGUAGAUGCUGCUAUUGGACAGUUGUUUGGAGCUCCACUAGAUCAUAGGAACAUCUGUAAGCCAACAAAUAGACAGUGCUUCCUGUACAAGGAACUCAUAAAUCUGAUCCAAAAGCAUCUAUGAGGAAAUGCCUAAGGAAGAUGGAAAACUGGAAUGUGAUAUAGUUAAGUGACAGAGAGUCCAACUCGAAUCUAGAAAUCUGCUAUAGCUAGUUACCAACACAAGUUUCAUAUUGGAACAGUGUUCCAUAUGACUAGUGUAUGCUUUGAGCUUCCUGAAGCAGCAGUUAUUUAGUCAAUAUCAGAAGACUUCAUUCUUAAAUUUCUGUAGAUUACAAGACUAUAUGGAAAUUGAGAUUGGCUGUUAAAGCUAGAUAAAGAACGACUGAAAUUAUCAUUUUAUUUUGUCAUGGAUGCGUUUAAACUUUUAAGUUUAAAAAAGGCUCAUUCUUUUUUUAAUAAAAAUUUCUGACUUUACUUCUCCAAAGAGUGAAGUCUACUGAUCACCAUGCUAAGCUAGGAAAGUAGGGUAGAAGUACAAAGGACAUAUCAAUGCAACAUAGUGAUGUGAAGCUACAUGUGAAGGAAGAGCAGGGUGAACGUUUAGUAUCAGUAUUUUCUAUAAUUAUUUUUAUAAAAGCUGUUCUAUGUUCUGUACCCAUGGGCAUUAGAAUGACACAUUCCACACCUCUGUGAGUUAAAUGUGGCUUGUUUCACUAUAAACAUUUUUACAAAAAUAAACUGUCAUAAUGUUUUGUAUGGCAAACUUUCUUCUAUUGAUGUAUCGUAAUUCUGAAAUUAAAAAACAAUUGAUGCAGAAAUUAACAUGCAUUGAUAGAAAUAUGAGAAUCUAGAAAAUAAAUUCCUUGUAGGAAUUGCCUACUAGAUAACUAUAAUCCCAAUUAUUCUGUUUUGUUCUUGUGAGAAUCAAAUCACUCAAUCAAUGGCUGACAAAAACAAAUUGUAUGUUAUGUUCAAACAAGAUACUAAAUUAGUAUUUCAGUUGUUUAUGUAAAUUUUCAUUUUAUUGAUAUACACAAUGUCAAGAGGUAUAUGUGUAUUUAUUGUUUUCUUAUGUACUUUAUUCCUCAAUACAUUGAAAUAAGUAUUUACUUGUUGACAGCAUGCUGAAAGAAGGGCAGUUAAAAGAUAAUUGUGCAUUUUCCAGACAGGAAGUAAUUUUUAUAGGAAUAUAAUUUCUACUAUUUUUACUCCUGUGAUUAUGUUAUAAAAAUUAAAAUCUCAAGGUAUUUGCCAUAAAUUGCACUAGUUUGCCCAGAAAGAAAAAUGUGUUAUAAUUUAUAUAAAAUGAUCAAUAAAAUCCAAAUUUUAAAAAAAUUGUUGCUUAUAUGCUUUGCAAACCAUAUCUUUCAUUAUUUGUGUAUUCUAUCAUUUUCUGUGGCACAAAUCAGUUUGUCUGAUUACACACUGUAUCAGUAUGAAAAUUGUC